CAAGCUAACAGUAAUGGUAAGCUACCAAUUCAUUAUGCUGCUGAAUCAGGUGAUAUUUUACUACUGGAAUUAUAUGUGAAGGAUUACAAGUGUAGUCUGAGCCUAACAAAUAAAGAUGGCCGGAAUGUUACUCAUUUUUCAUCAUUAGAAGGUCACUAUCACUUUAUUAAGCAUAUCACCAGUCAGUAUCCUAAAUACAUUAGUUUACUACACUCUACUGACAAUGAGGGUAGGAUACCAUUGCUUUGUGCCUGUGAGAGUGGUAAUAUUCAAUUGGUCACAUUUCUAAUAAAUGAUAUAAAAUGUGAUGUCAAUGCUAAGAAUACACGUGACAGUACAUGUAUCACUUUUGCCUGUUUAUCAGGUAAUCUUGAUCUAGUACAAUUACUAAUACAACAGUAUAAGCUUGAGCCUAUCAAUAUUGAUAAAUAUGGUAUAACAGCAUUACAUACAGCAGCAGGCUAUGGUCAUACUCAUAUACUGGAAUGGUACAGUCAGGAGUAUAGUGUUGAUAUUACUAAUCACACUAGCAAUAACAAGUACACACUAGCUCAUUAUGCUGCUUAUAAAGGUAAGCUACAUUGUCUACAGGAACUGAUCAACAAGUAUCAGUGCGAUGUUAAUGCCACUACUACUGAUACUGGUAGUACAGUUCUUCAUAAAGCAUGUGAAAGAGGUCAUGUUCCUGUUGUACUUUAUCUCACUAGUCUUCCUCAGUGUAAUGUAGCAGCUAAGACUUCUAAUGGAUCAACAGUUCUUCACAUUACCUGUGGGCACAGUGACUCUCUUCCUAUACUCAAACAUCUGGUAGAGAAUCAUGAGUUAGAUCUGUGUGCUGUGAAUGAUGAGGGAAUGGCUCCUAUUCACUUAGCAUGUAGUAAGGGAAGAUUGAACUUGAUCCAGUACAUUAUAGAACACAUACCAUCAUCACUUGAACUACCUGUCACAGGAUAUGGUCAUACUCCAUUCCUUAUUGCAGUGUACUUUAAUCGGUUGGAAGUUAUUAAAUAUCUUAUUAGUAAGAAGUGUAAUCUAUCAGCUACUGAUAAUGAAGGGUCUGGAGCAGUUCACAUAUCAGUAGAGAGGGGUCACUUGAAUGUAUUGAAGUAUCUCAUUGAUAAUAAUUAUUGUAAUCCUAAUGCAACCAAUCAUCAAGAC